AAUUAUAAGUACUGCACCUGAACUGAAAGUCCCAGGGUAUCUACAGGGAUCAAUCCCCGGGAAGAAAAUGGUACAACAGGCCGACAUCCCCAUAGAGGGUACACACACGAUCACUGCACACGAUAUAGGCAUAGUUAAUGUGCGUGCAAAUGCCACAGGCACGCAUGCCCAUGACGAAAUAAACGAAGCUGUUAAGUACGUAGAUACAUUGAGCUACGACACGCUGAAGGAAUUGGUUGCACUGUUACCUGGAAUAUGGGCCAAGCGCAAAGACGACGAAAUAAACAGAGCCAAACACGCACGUGUGGGUGCCUUCAUUGCCCGCAACGAGAGAGUCUACUGUAGACUGAGAGACCACAGCCGACCAUCUCAUUCCGGUAUGCAUGUGCCAGCUCUAUACUAAGCAGUAUGCAGGCG